AAGCUUUUAGCUCUCCAGUUUCUACAUUCUCCAAUGGCCAAACGCAUGAUUUCACGUUCCCUUCUUUCUUCUAUCAAAAGCUCUUACCCCCAAUAUUUUCCCUCACUUUUUCAACAUCCAAUCACCACUAAAAUCUCAUCUCUUAAAUCCCUUUCGUUUUUCUCCUCACUUUCCAGCUACCAUCAACCAACCCACACCACUUCCCCUCCCCUUUUCAAACUAACCCACAAAGACUGGCUCUCCCCGACCGAAAUCCUCAAAAUCUUUGACAAUCUUAAAGAUCCAAACUCUCUCAUUUCAGUCCUAGCCCAAUACUCAGCUCGCAAGGAUUAUAAACCAACUGAACCUCUCUUCACUUUGCUCAUCAACAAGCUCGCAUAUGCCCAGGAUUUUGAUUCCAUUGAAAAUAUAAUGGAAAAGCUCAAACGUGAAAAAGCCUGUCGUUUAUCCGAUGAAUUCUUCCAGAAUGUGAUUAAAAAGUAUGGGCAUGUCGGAGGUCGAAUCAAAAGGGCAAUCGAGAUCCUUUUUAGCAUGCCAGAAUCUGGGACUUGGCCUAGUGUUAAAACCUUCAAUAUCGUAUUGAGCUUACUCGUAUCGAACAAACUAUCUGAUGUUGUUCACGAGGUUUAUGGGAAAGCUCCCAAUUUGGGUGUUGAAAUUGAAGCUUGUACUCUGAAUAUUCUCAUUAAAGGGUUGUGUGAAAAUGGGAAAUUAGAGUUUGCAUUCCAACUGCUCGAUGAAUUUCCUAAACAAAGGUGUAAGCCUAAUGUUAGAACUUAUUCUACUUUAAUGCACGGGUUGUGCGAUAAGGGGAAGGUUGAUGAAGCUUUUGAGUUGAUGGGGAGGAUUGAAACGGAAGGAAUCGAUGCUGAUGCUGUUAGCUUUAAUAUCUUGAUUUCAGGUCUUAGGAAACAAGGUAGGAUUGAUGAAGGUGUGAAGCUGUUGGAAAUUAUGAAAAAGAAAGGGUGUUAUCCCAAUGCAGGGUCUUAUCAAGAGGUGUUGUACGGUUUGCUUGAUGCUGCGAGGUUUAUGGAAGCAAAGGAGAUUAUGGGGAGAAUGGUUUUCGAGAGGGUUAAUCCUAGUUUUGAUUCAUACAAGAAGUUGAUUCAUGGUUUUUGUAAGGGGAAGAUGGUAAAGGAAGUUGAUUGGGCUUUGAAACAAAUGGUACGCCAUGGUUUUGUUCCAAAAAUGGGAAUGUGGAUUCAGAUUGUUGACUGUGUUUUUGCAAGGAAUAAGAACAACACUUGUGAUUGCAGUUUACUUGGUGAAAUAAUCAAUAGCUAGCAGAAAUGCGAUGUUAAAUCAGUUAUCUUGCGGGUUCAGUUUAUGUUACUUGAGCACGGAUAUGAGUAUAGGAUAAGAAUGCCAUAUCUUCAUACCAAUACAUGAAUAUGUGCUGAAUAUAAGUGUCAGAUACGUUUUUACUUCAAGAAAAAUUAAGAAAAUUGAUUUGGCUUCGAAACAAAUGGUACACCAUGCAUUUGUUCCUAAAAAUGGGGAUAUGGAUUCAGAUUGUUGGCUGUGUUUUUGCAGGUAAUAAGAACAACACUUGUGAUUGCAGUUUACUUGUCGAAGUCGUCAAAAGCUAGCAGCAGAGAUAUAAAUAGCAACAACAACUUCACCCUGUUGCCUUCCCUAUGCUAUUAUUAAUUAAAUUGUUUUUCUAGACUAUAUUAGUAUACUCACUUAAUUCUGUUACUUGUUGAUAAUAUUGAUAGUACUUCAAUUAAUGAAUUGUUGGUAUAUCA